UGGGCGGCCCCGCCGCGCCGCUGCCCCGGGGGCUCCCGCCGCUGCUGCUGCUGCUGCUGCUCCCACCGCAGUGGCCACACCACGAGAGCUCCGUGUCUGCUGGCCUGGUCCCUCAGACCCUGCGUGGCCAAGCGGUGCUGGAGAAGCGGUGAUGGGAGCAGUUGUCCUCCUCUGCCGGCCCCACCGCUUCCUCUGGGCAAAGCAAGAGCUGGGAAACCUGCUCUGACCUCGCUUAAAAAUCAGCACAAAGAAGGGCAAAUAAAAGAAUUGGUCUUGGCACGGAGGGGUUGGUGUGAGGAGCAUUGGGAAGGAGCUGGUGCUGAUGGGGCACAGGGGGGGCACAGACCAUCAGCCAGUCCCUGCUUGGUGGCCUGGCUGGGUCCAGAGUGGGUCAGGGGCAGCACAGGGGCUGCCGGGGCUGCGUGCCAGGCACGAGGGUGUCUGGGAGUGACCAGGGCAGCAGGUUCCUCGAUCUGUUCUGUGUGGCACCGCGCUGGCACCCGGGAUGGCCACAGCAGCCCUGCCUCUGCCUGGAGCCGUUUGGGUCCGGUGCUGUUUGCUGAUCCCUGUUUGCCGAUGGGGUGAGGCUGGUGGGUGUGUGUGUGCUGCCGGCUGAGCUGGCGCUCGCUGUACGGUGCUGUACGUGGAAGCAGCAGCUUCUCUUCCCAAUGUUUGUUCGCAAGGACUUCCUCCACGUCAGGGUAGCUGACACCCGGAGCUCUGAGGGCCUGGGGUGAGCAUUUGUUGCAUUUCUGGCAUGAAAAGUCACCCAACUUGUUUGUUUCUGGAAGGAGCUGGUGGUUGGGCUGUUUGUGUCACAUGUAGGAAGGCACCAGGAGUCGUGGCAGGGAACAGUCGUGCUGCAGCUCAUUCCCACCGGCAGCAAGGCUGGAUCUGGGGGGAGAGGAGGGCAGAGGGUGCACCGGCCACGGGACAGCACUAGUUGGACAUGGCCGGUGCUGCAGGAGCCAGGGAAUGUGGUCCUGAUGGUGCUGCUCGCUGUGAAAGCAGCUCCCUUAGUGAUGCUGUGGGUGUCCUGUGUGAGUGGAGCCAGAGGAACAAGCCAAUUUAUUAUGCUGGUGCAAGGAAAUGAGUGAUUUCCUUCCCAGUUUGCUUGACUGAGGACAGAGGGGACCUGGGGACUCUUCCCACAGUCAGGCUGGGCUGUCGGGUGCUGGGCAAUGGGAGCUUGUCCCAAGCCUGACCUGCUGCUCCCUAAGGACCAUGUUCCUGCCCGCAGUGCCUCAAGGGCGGUGCUGUGACUGUCCCAGAGACGCUGCUCUUCGUAUCCACUCUGGAUGGAAACCUUCACGCAGUGAGUAAGAGCACAGGGGACAUCAAGUGGACCCUGAAGGAUGGUGAGUGAUGACUGGGGGGUGCUCGCUUAUGGUCCAGCUCCUGGGGCUCGGCUCCAGCCGGGUUUGGGGGUGCAGCCGCAGCCUGGCUCUCUGGGGUUCCUCCAUCCCAGGGAUGCUGCCAGCUCCAGCCCUGGGCUCAGCCAUGCUGGAGCAGAGCAUGGAGCCGGGGAUGCCGAUUCUGGGUCUGCAAUGCAAACAGGCAGCAGCUCAGCAAACACUGCGAUGCUGCGCCCCGGCAGGGAGAGGCUGCUGACGUCUGCUUUCCCUCUCUUACAGAUCCCAUUCUGCAGGUGCCGGUGUAUGUGGCAGAACCAGCGUUCCUCCCAGACCCCAAUGACGGCAGCCUGUACAUCCUGGGAGGGAAAAACAAGGAAGGCUUGAUGAAACUCCCAUUCACCAUCCCAGAGCUGGUCCAGUCCUCGCCAUGCCGCAGUUCGGAUGGCGUGCUCUACACCGGAAAGAAGCAGGACACGUGGGUCAUCGUGGACCCCAAGUCAGGGGAGAAGCAGACCACGCUCUCAACAGAGGCCUGGGAUGGUCUGUGCCCAUCCAGGCCCCUGCUCUACAUCGGCCGUACCCAGUACGUCAUCACCAUGUACGACACCAAGUCACGGGAGCUGCGCUGGAACGCCACCUUCUCCGAGUACUCGGCACCGCUCUGCGAGGAGUCCUCCCACUACAAAAUGGCUCACUUCGCCUCGAGCGGGGACGGGCUGGUGGUGACGCUGGACAAGGAGAGCGGGGAGAUGCUGUGGGCGCAGAACUACGGCUCACCCGUGGUCGGCAUUUACAUGUGGCACCAGGACAGCCUGCGCCGCGUCCCCCACCUCAACCUGGCAAUGGAGACCCUGCGCUACCUCACCUUCCACUCGCAGGACAUCCAUGUCCGCAAGUGGAGCUACCAGUCCAUGAAGGACUUCACCAGCACCAAGACCCAGCUGCUGCCAGCGCUCUACGUGGGGAAGCACGCGGCCAGCUUCUACGCGCUGACAUCCCUGGUGCACGGCAGCGUGGCGCUGGUGCCGCAGGGCAUCACGCUGGCCAGGAUCGACGGCCCCACCACGGAGGAGGUGACCAUGAGGGAGUCGGGGGAGUGCGAGAUCACGCCCAGCACCGACGUCAAGUACCCGCAGGGCAGCAUCGCCGCGCUCCGCAACCAGUGGCUCCUCAUAGGGCACCAUGAGCUGCCUCCCGUGGUCCACACCACGAUGCUGCGAGCGUUCCCGGAGAACCUGAGGAAGACGACAGAAACCAUCAUCCCCAGGGCCCCGUCUGCCAGGACCGUGUUUGAUGAUUUCCUGGCCCCGAGCGGUGCGGAGGAGCCGGCCAUCCGCAGCGAGGGGCAAUUCCCACUGGAUCCCGCGCCAGGGGAGCAGAUGGAGGUGUACCCCGAGCCCGGUGCAUGGGACCUGGUGAUGGCUGCUGUGGGCACAACUCUGCUGGGCGGGGGGGUCCUGCUCCUCCUGCUCACGAGGCUGCAGAAGCAGCACGUGGAGCAGCAGCAGCAGCUGGAGAAGCAGAUUCAGCUCCUGCAGCAGCAGCAGGAGAUGCUGCUUCCCGGCCGGGUCUCUAGGGAGGCUGUUCCUGCGGAGCCGGGGCUCAGCCAGGGGAGCGCAUCACAGCACUCGCAGAGGCCCUCGGCCCACCAGAAGGACCUGGCCAACGGCGUGGCCAGGCCGGAUCCCGCUGUCCCGGCGGCUGCUGAAGAUGCAGAACCAGAUGUGAUUGUAGUUGGGAAAGUUUCUUUUAACCCCAAAGAUGUGCUGGGCCACGGAGCUGGAGGAACCUUUGUCUUCAGGGGACAGUUCGAGGGACGGAACGUGGCUGUGAAGCGCCUCCUGCCCGAGUGCUUCCACCUCGUGGACCGCGAGGUCCGGCUGCUCCGGGAGUCCGACGAGCAUCCCCACGUCGUGCGCUACUUCUGCACCGAGAGGGACAAGCAGUUCCACUACAUCGCCAUCGAGCUCUGCUCCGCCACGCUGCAGGAGUACGUGGAAAGCCCCAGCUUCGACCGCCGUGGCCUGGACCCGGUGUCUCUGCUGCGCCAGACCAUGUCGGGGCUGGCUCACCUCCACUCCCUCAGCAUCGCCCAUCGUGACCUGAAGCCCUGUAACAUCCUCAUCUCUGCCCCGAACCCCCACGGGCAGAUCCGAGCCGUCAUCUCCGACUUUGGCCUCUGCAAGAAGCUUCAGGGGGGACGACAGAGCUUCAGCCUCCGCUCUGGCAUUCCUGGCACCGAGGGCUGGAUCGCGCCAGAGGUGCUGCAGGAGGCUCCGAAGGAGAACCCGACAUGUGCUGUGGACAUUUUCUCAGCCGGCUGCAUCUUCUACUACGUGUUGUCAGGAGGACAGCACCCGUUUGGGGACAGCUUGCGGCGACAGGCCAACAUCUUGUCAGGCUCUUACCAGCUGAGCUGCCUGGAGGAAGAAGCUCAUGACAAGCUGGUUGCAAGAGACCUGAUCGUGGCAAUGAUCAGCCCCGAGCCCCAGCGCCGACCCUCGGCCCCUGUGGUCCUUGUGCAUCCCUUUUUCUGGAGUCAGGAGAAGCAGCUGCAGUUCUUCCAGGACGUCAGUGACCGCAUCGAGAAGGAGCCCGCCGAGGGGCCCAUCGCCUCAGCCCUGGAGGCGGGCGGGCGGGCGGUGGUGAGGACCAACUGGAGGAUGCACAUCUCCCUCCCACUGCAGACCGACCUGAGGAAGUUCCGCACCUACAAGGGGGCCUCGGUGCGAGACCUGCUGCGGGCCAUGAGGAACAAGAAGCACCACUACCACGAGCUGCCGGCCGAGGUCCAGGCUGCCCUGGGCUCCGUCCCCGAUGGCUUUGUGCACUACUUCACCUCCCGCUUCCCCCGACUGCUGCUGCACACGCACGGGGCCAUGAGGGUCUGCGCCCAUGAGCGGCUCUUCCACUCCUACUACUGCCAGGGGACGGGAGGCGAGGGGAGGUGAGCGGGAUGCACACCGGGACCUCUCCGGUGUCCCUGUCCCCUCCCCAGGCUGAGGGGGGUCUCAGUGCCAGCGGGAUGCCCAGCAUCCAGGUGGGUUACAAGCAGCAUGACCCAGAAGAGGUGAGCACAGGGCGAUUCUGCUCCUGCCUGGGGUCUCCUGAGCCCAAGAGGGACCCCCCCUGAGCACCCAUCUUAGCAAAUGCUCACAAUUGGACUCUGCAGCCUAAAGGGAUCUGUGUCAGAACCAUGGUGACUGCAUGGUGGGCAUGGUGCUUCAAGAAGGAAGAAGCAAACACAUGUUGUGUUUUCCCAAGGGUGGCUGCAGAGCAACACAGCCAGGCUGGGGCUGGGUCCCAUCGGGGUGUGCACUGGGGAUCAGGGAAUUUCAUCCUGUGCCACGUGCCUGGGAAAGCAGCUGAGUGUGUGUCCAACCUGGCUGUGACCUGGACUGAUAACAAGUCUUCAUAGCAUCAGAUUGGUUUGGGUUGGAAGGGACCUUAAAGCUCAUCCAGUUCCAACCCCCUGCCCCAGACAGGGACACCUUCCACUAGAGCAGGUUGCUCCAAGCCUCAGUCUUGACACUGGAGAUGAUCCCUCAGCGCAGCCGAGGGCUGAGGCACAGCAGGUCAGCUCCUGGCACCAACCCAGGGCUCGGACCCGCUCUGUGGGUCAGGGCUGGUGAGGACAAGGCAGCACCAGCCCCGGAGGGGAGCGAGAGGCCUACAGCACAAUCCCGAUAAUGAAGUUUUUCAUCUCAGCUGGGCUGAGAAAUGCUUUUCUCCCUUGUGGUCACCAGCAGCCUGUGACUGCGCCCGGCCCUGAGCAGCGCUGCUCAGUGGUGCAACUCCUUGGGAGCGGUUGUCCCAGGACGCCAAGGCAGGGAAACCCCUCACCCCAGGGUCUCCCCCUCUGAAUGCACCCCCUGCUGCCCAGGGCUGGUGUCCCAGGGCUGUUCUGGUUUAUGGCAUCCCCACAGGCAUGUAUUUAGUGCAGCAAGGUUUCCUCUUGGGAAUGGCAAUAAUUUUGUACAGUUUGAUUCCUCUGUGCCGGGGUGUGGGAUUUUGUCAUGCAGGUAACAAGGGGUUUGUACCUGGCUUCAUUUCAGAAUGCUGUGUGGCCUAGAGCCUUUUAUACAAAAUGUUAUUAAAAAAUAACUAAAGAG